AUGGAGCCCUUACCAGAACUAGACCGGGUGGUAUCCCAUAUGUCCACUCGGAGCCAGAAAAAUCACAAACAGACGGACACGGAGAAAUCAUUAGAAGCAGAAAAUCGAAAGCUGGAGGAAGCAGAAACACGGCUGGUCGAUCAAGAUACUCAGAACCUUACACGGAGCCAGAGUCGAACGAAUAGAGGCACCGAUCUGGAAAAGAAUGAACAGGAUGUCCCUGGGAGUUCUAUGUCGAAUGCAGAUACUCUUGCAGAAAACGAUCCUUAUGUCGUUAAAUGGCAUGGUAAUGACGACCCUGAAAGUCCGAUGAACUGGCCGAUGAGUAGGAAGUGGAAGAAUAUGGGAGUCAUCUCGUUGAUCACUUUGAUUACUCCGCUUGCUUCAUCUAUGUUUGCGCCCGCAAUUCCAGAGGUUAUGAGGGAUUUCCAGAAUCGGAGUACGACGUUGAGUUCUUUCAUUGUUUCUGUCUACCUACUUGGAUUUGCGGUCGGUCCUAUCAUCAUUGCACCAUUGUCGGAAUUAUACGGACGUAGAUGGGUAUAUAUCGGCUGCAACUACCUUUUCACGGUUUUCACAAUUGCUUGUGGACGGUCGACAUCGAUUGGCAUGUUGAUUGCCUUCCGUCUCUUGGCUGGAGCUGCUGGUUGUGCACCGCUCACUCUGGGUGGUGGAUCGAUUGCCGAUAUGAUUCCUUUUGAACAACGUGGAAAGUUUAUGGCGAUAUACGGUAUGGGACCGCUUAUGGGACCUAUCAUUGGUCCUAUCGCCGGCGGUUACCUGGGAGCUGAUGCUGGCUGGCGAUGGAUCUUUUACGUACUCGCUAUCGCUCUCGGAGUCAUUUCGAUCGUUUCUACAUUUGUCUUGGACGAGACCCAUCACCCGACAUUGUUGAGGCACAAGGCGAGACAGCUGAAUCAAGAUAACAAUACCGACAAGUACAAGUCCAUGUACCAUAGCGACUUACCAACGAAGGAGGUGUUCACCCGGGCUAUCUGGCGUCCGCUCAAGAUGUUGGUGUUUUCACCAAUUAUCUUGCUGCUUUCGCUAUACAUGUCUGUUGUCUAUGGGUACCUUUAUCUAUUGUUCACCACGUUUUAUAUCGUCUUUCAAGGUUUCUAUGGGUUCUCGACUGGGUCCGUGGGCUUGUCGUAUUUGGGGAUUGGUGUUGGUUCUUUCUUGGGAUUGAUCAUCUUCGGCGUCUUGAACGAUAAGGUGUACGUCCGACUCAGGGAGAAGAACGGUGGCGACAAACCGGAAUAUCGUCUACCUAUGCUUACAUACUCGUCCUGGCUUAUUCCGGUUGGAAUGUUCAUAUACGGCUGGACGGCGGAGAAGCGAGUUCACUGGAUUGCGCCGAUUAUUGGUACUAGCUUUGUCGGUCUCGGAAUGUUGGCGGCAUUUAUGCCCAUCCAGAGUUACCUCGUCGAUGCAUUCUCGUUCUAUGCUGCCAGCGCUAUUGGCGCCAAUACCAUUUUGAGAUCUACGCUCGGUGCAUUGCUGCCUUUGGCAGGUGUUCCUAUGUACGAUGCUCUCGGAGUCGGACCGGGAAAUAGUUUGCUAGGUGGAAUUGCGAUUUUGAUGAUUCCGAUUCCAUUCUUUUUCCAAAAAUAUGGUGAAAGGAUCCGUGAGAGGUAUAAGGUCGAUUUUGAUUGA